AUCUGCACCGUCGAUUUCUCCAUACCCACAUCCAGCAGCAUUGAUGCUGUCCCGAACUGAUGACAUUGAAUCAAGUACCCGAUCGCCUGCUUCACCAAAGGUCGCUUUUGCUCGGUUCGCAGAAUCGGCUAACUUGCCAUCCUUUAGCAGCCUGGUUCACUUGGCUAAGCUCCACGAAGAGUCAGGCCAACUACAGGGGCCAUAUGUGUUUGGUUCAGGUGGCCUGGCUUGCCUCUCAACCUCUGGCCUUGGAAAACUCCCUUUUCCCGUAUCUCAGGCUUCCGUGCUUGGUAGUCGGUUUGAUGGCAUUUUGCCCUCAUUCGAAGCUCUAGCUUCGGCCGCCAGCGGAAACUCAAUAGCCAGUAGUCGAUUAGACACAUCACGUGCUGGAACGCCCUGUUCUCUUAUUGGCGUUGCCGAGCCAGUGCCAUCACUUGUUUCUCCUCAACCGGCGCCAUCUAGCUAUUGUUCAUUGGGAGCGUCAGUUUCUCCAGUUUCUCUGUCUAGAUCUCCUUCUAAACUUGCCUCACGAACCAGAUCCAGAUCACGCUCUUUACGUCGCCGCAAUUGCAAAGCACGUCAUGGCUCCUCACAACCGACCCAGCCAGAGUCAUCAGUAGCGCUUUCAGAUGCCCAAGCUUUAUCUUCUUCUUUGCUACCCGGCCCUUUUGACUCUGGCAAUUUUAUGCCGACACAACUGAGCAAUUGCGAUCAGCAAGCAGAUUCAGAUGGAUUGAAUUUAACCAGCAAUGAUCAUAGAAUCGAUGCUGGUUUGAGGCGAGCUACAAGCAGUUUGACGUCUGGGGCCUCAACACCACUUACUCUAGUCGCAUCAUCAGCCGGCCCUGGUGGAAUAACCGAGUCAGGCUUGUCAUCUGAUAUCCUGGGUGUCCAAGUUUUAGCCUCAAUAUCAUCUUCCAGCCCCAUCGUCAGUACUUCCAGUCCACGUCUACUAGUUAAUUGCCCCGUCACAACAGCUCUUAGUUUCUCACCCUCUCUUUUCCAUCCCACUUUCCCCAAGGUUCCA